UAUAUACUUGAAUAUUUAAAAAGAAUGAAUGGAGAGACAGAAUAUAAAGAAGGAGAAGAAGAAGAGGUGAACAAUGGUCUACAGUGUGAGACUGUAGAAGUUUUAUCCAGUUUGAAGAAUUCUCCUAUUCCUGUUAAUGAAAAUGAAACAGAGGAAAUUCCAGGUGAGUGUGAAUCCAACCUAGAUCAAGAAAAUCCUGGAAGUACCUCUGGUGAGCCGACUGUUGACGAAGCCGACUUUAAGCCAACUGAUAGCAGUGAAGAUUGUUUCCAACCUGUCAAGGGCAGCACAAAUGAAGGGUUGAAAGUUAACAACCAGGAGAUCAGUAACCAGGAGGACAGUGUUGAUAACAACAGUAAUAACCAACCAGCAGCAAAUCACUCUGAGACUUUACAGUGCGAGAGGUCUGCAAGUCCUGCACAUGAGGCAGAAGGAAGAGCAGGAGAAGAAGAAGAAGAAGAAGAAGAAGAAGAAGAAGAAGAAGGGGAGUUGGCCGCCGUUGAUCUGUCACCCUGUGUUGACAUCAACUAUGAAGAGUACAUGCACCUCCUCGAGGAGCUGUUGGAGGAGAAGGAAGAAGUCAGUCAACGCAACAGCCAGCUGCAGGUGAAGCUGGCCGAGUACCUCCGCAGGAAGACCAGAGAAGACCUGCAGCUGGACAGGGAGAUACCUGUGUCCGAGCAGCAGCAGGAGUACGAGAGGUGCAUGGACAUCCUGAGUGAGAGGAAGCAGCAGUUUGCUGCUGAAACAGAAGCAGCGCAGCAGAAAACCGAGGAGCUCAGGUUGCUGUCCCAGGAGAACCUGGAAAAGGUUGAUAAUGAAUGGAAAGCAUUCAUGGCACUGAAGCAGCAGGUAGCUGUAGCGGCACUGAGUCGAUGUCUGGGCAAAACAGAGGCCCUGGCCAAAGCAGAGGCCACACUGGCAACAGAGCAGCUGCGGCAGGACGAGCUGGUGAAGCUGCGAAUGAGGCACAUCAAGCUAAAGAUGAAGAUCCACAGGCUGAAAGUGGAGCUGCAAGAAGUAGAGGAGCACGGCCGGGACCCGCUGCAGCUUCAGUACCGCCAGCUGCAGACUGCCAGGCUGGAGCAGAAGAAACAGGCUGAGAAGGAAAAUGAGGAAUGUAUGAAACUGCAGGCCAAGAUCAUCAGCAGCUUAGAGGUCCUGACCAACAUCAAAGAGAAGCUGUCCUGGUGCCAAAAGGAGGUCAAAGUAAAGGGAGAGCAGUUGGCAGAGGUGGAGGCCACAGUGGCCAGAAAGAGACACAUCCUGACCAGAACAAAGAAGGAACGCAACAGGCUGCAGAGAGACAACCAGAGGCUAAAGGAGUGCCGGGGACUGCUGGGUAACAUGGUCCUCCUGCGGGACUUUGAGAAGACAGCAGAUUUCUGCAACCUCCUAGAGGAGCAGCUGGAGGAGCUGAAGUGUCGACAGGCUGAGCUUGUGUUUUCCUGUGGCAGAUGGAGGAAGAAGAUGAACAUUAGUCAGUGAAGUAAGGGACUGAGUAGAGGGCAAAUCAUGUUCAAUAACAGGAUUUUCUUUUGUAUUUUUAAAUAUUUUUAAUUUGAUAUUUUAAGCAACUAUAAUGGCAGAAUGACAUUCUUACAUUGUGCCGCUUAUUGUACAUUUACAAACUGGGCCAAAU